AUGAAUCAGAUUAAUCCAGAUUAAAUCUUAACAUCAGAAGAGAUCAAAGCAGCUAAGGAUGCCUUUGAAGCAUAUGAUAAAAUGGGUUAUGGUACAUUGGAAGUGGAAGAAUUAUAAAAAAUACUUGAAGAAUUUGGACAUAAGCCAAGCAAAGAGGAGUUAUAAUAAAUGAUUAUUUAAGUUGAUGUGAAGAAUAAAGGAUUUAUAGGUAAAAAUUAAAAAGUAUGAUUGAGACUUUGAGGAUUUCAAGAGAGCAAUUGCUAUCUAUAAGAUCAUUGAAGAAGAUAAUGAAGAAGAUGAUACAUGUAAGUUAAGAAUUAUAUUAUAUUAGUGGAUGCUUUUGUUGCUAUGGGAGGUAAUGCUGAUAAAAGUGGAACUGUAGAUGCAACAAAAUUAAUAUAAGUAAGGAUAAUAAUAAUAAUAAUUUAGAUAAUAAAAUCUGAUUUUAAGAUGACAAUUGAUAUUGAAGUAAAGAUGCAUAAAUAUCUACUUAGAGAUUGAUAAAUGAAAUGGAUCGUGACAAGUCAGGUUAGAUAUCAUAUUAAGAAUUUAAAAAUCUACUCUCUGAUUGA